UGCUGAGUUCCUCUCUUGCCUCUUCGUAAUAAUCCCACGCUACGCUACACUCAUCGAAGCAACCACAAGUGGUAGAUGGUGGCCCCUGUGGAUUUUUCUCCGCAACGGCAACAGAGGCCGGAGGCCACCCGUGCUGCCGCGUCCAAGACCUCGAUUGCGCUUGGGGUGAUCAACCUUUCCACCGCCUCCACGGCCAUCACCUUGGCCGUGUGCGAGCCACCGUCGGGGUUCAACGAGAACACCUACUUCCUCACCCUCUCGGGCGUCUUCUUCGCCGGAGUGGCAGGGGUUAUGGCCGCCAUUUGGGUGGCCAACGAUCCCCGUGGCCGACAUGCCACGGCGGUGCGGAACCACAACUGGCAGAUGGUGGCCCCCGUGGUUUUUGCUCCGCAACGACAACAGGCAUCGGAGACCGCUCGCGCUGCCGCAUCCAAGGCCUCGACUGCUCUCGGGGUGCUCGGCCUUUCCACCGCCUCCAUGGUCAUCACCUUGGCCGUGUGCGAGCCACCGCCGGGGUUCAACGAGAACACAUACUUUCUCACCCUCUCGGGCGUCUUCUUCGCCGGAGUGGCAGGGGUCAUGGCCGCCGUCUGGGCGGCCAACAACACCCAUGGUCGCCAUGCCAUGUGGGGGAAGCUCGUCUACGCCUCCAUCGUGCCGCUCGCCGUCGGCCUCUCGGUGGCUUCGGUGCUCUGAUAGGUUUGCAGCUCCAUGACCGUGUCACCUCCGCCCGCCGGGACAGUAGCUCGGUGU